AUGGCUCACUCGGUGAUCGAUGCUCUGGAAGCGGAGAGUUUGGUCCAAAGUCUGGAAACACUCCGCCUGAAGCAGGUGGGCUCGGACCGGUGGUUCAAACAACAUGUGAACAUCCAGAAACUGAACAUGCAGGCGAUUUUGAGUGCAACUGCUAUGCAUGAUGAGUUCAUCAAGGAGAUGCUGGUAUCAUGUGGAAAGAUCCCAGUCCUGGUCAGUGAGCUGAUCCUGGUGGAGGUGUGGAAGCAGAAAGUGUUUCCUGUCUUAUGUCAACUGAAGGACUUUAAUCCAGCCAGCACGUUUCAUCUGUCUAUGGUGAUCUACCAUGAAGCCACAAUUAUAAAUCUGCUUGAAACAAUAAUGUUUCAUCAGGACUCAUGUGAGGCAGCUGGUGACUCUGUUCUUGAUUUGGUGGAUUACUGCCACCGCAAACUCACCCUGCUGGCCAGCAGAACCACCAACAGCGAGGAUCACGAUGAACACAUUUCCACUACAAAGGAGGUGCAGAAGCAGAACGUUGCUCUGGAGUUUGGCAUCUCUUUGAAAGCCUUGUCUGUGCUGCGAUACGUCACGGAUCACACCGGCAGCAUCAGCGUCAUCCACCGCAUGCUGUGCACGCAUAACCUGCCCUGCGUCUUGGUCCAGCUGUUGUGCAGCUGUCCUUGGAGUCGCCACGUCAAAGGUAAAUUGCAGAAAUACAUUGAUGGCAAAUGGCAGAACGUUCCUGCCGAGGAUCACCUGAAGAUCAUCAAACUGGAAGGUCAGGUGUGGAUCGCCCUUUACAACCUGCUGCUAAAAGAAGACUGCCAAAGAAAAUACGACUUCAACAAUUUCAACAAGAAUCAGCUUCUCAAGCUGCGGGGCUUCAUGACAAGCGUGUUGAUUGAUCAGCUGCCAAUCCUGGCAGACCUGGAGCGAUUCCUGGCUCAGCUGGCGGUGACGGACCCAGCGCCUCCCAAAAAAGAGCUGAUUCUAGAGCAGAUCCCAGAAAUAUGGAACCACAUUGUCGCAGAGAAUUGUGGGAAGUGGGAGGCAAUCGCUAAAUAUCAAGCCAAAGAAAUAUUCAGUCCAUUUCAUCUUGACUUGAAAGAACAGGCCCAGAGGUUGGCUGAAACGUACAACAUGGAUGUGAUGGACAGUUUACUCCCCGAAAAAGCGAAGUGCGGCUCCUGUGGGAAAGAGUCCACGAAGAGAUGCUCUCGAUGCCAGUCGGAGUUCUACUGUGGCAGAGAGUGCCAAGUGAAGCACUGGCCUAAACACAAGGAAGCCUGCAAGCUCAUAGCCGUCGCCACACAGAAGCUGGAGAAGGAGCCGAGCGUCAGCGUCUGA